AUGGAGACCAGCUCUUCUUCUAUCCCGCUGAGACCUUUGUCGAGGGGGAGUUUGCAGCAUCCUCCAGGCUACGACGAACAUGACCACCGCCAGCAGGAGCAGCAGCAGCCUAGUGCUACUGGAGAGCAACACGCGGAGUCAACAGUCCCGCCGAUGGAAACGCUGCCCCCCUACAGUCACGCCCCGCCGCCAGAGCUCGUUUCUGGACGAGGCUAUACCACCACCCUCCGUCGCUCGAGAUGGGUGCUGCUGCUGACGCUCUUAUACCUGAUUCUCGCCGUGUACUCGUGGGUCAUCACCGUCAUCCUCUCGUACCGCCCUCUCUACGGCUUCAAGUCCUGGCAAUGGCCAGCAAGCGUAUACUGGGAUGACGACACGCCGAGCAUGGCGGGGAAUGAUCGAGUCUAUCGCUCGGCACGCGUCAUCCAGUCCAUCGUCAGCGUGGUGACUCUCCCCUGGAUCUCCGCUGUAUGCGCCAGCGCCGCUGUCAUCUUCGUGCAGAAGCAGAAAAGCGCAGACGCCCUGACCCUGCGCCAGGUCAUGACGCUGGCAGACCGCAGGUGGAUGGAUCCUACUGUUUGGUACCACCUCACCGGCUCGGGUGGUGGUUCCAAACGAUACACGAGCAGCUUCCUUCUCGGGGCCAUGUGCAUCUAUCUCGCCGCGCUCGUCACGUACCCCAUCCAAUCCAUCUUUCUCACCUCCCAGACCAUCACGGUGCCCAAGAGCCCCUUUCAGGUCGCCAAUACCGUGGACUUCACCCAGAUAGACUCUGUCCAAUAUUCUGACGCUUCUGGGUACCCGGGCGUUAUCAUGCUGAUCGCCCGCAACAGCCUGAGCAGUGCCACCACGGCGACCCCGCAGUAUCACCUCUGGCAAAGCGAGAAGGGCGGGAUUGUUCCGACAUUUUUGGAUAUUUCAAGCCUCACGGACCCCUUUUAUUGUCCGCUGCCGGUUGGGCUCAAUACCGGCCAGGCGCGCCAGUUUGCGCCCCGGAUCAACUCCACGGCCACAUCCACAAGCAUCACAGAGGAUGACUGGCCUUCCGACUGCAACUCCUCGUCCAAGUCCGGCUUCUACUUUCAUUACAGCUCUGCCAAUCUAGACACUGAAUAUGACAGCAGCUUUGACGUGGUGGCCUGCAUGCUGGACUACACGACCACAUCCCCGUGGACGGCGACGCGCAAGCCCCAGAAUUUCUCUGAAACCCUGUACCUCAAUCUUACGCAGCAGGGAUAUAGCGCCAUGAGCAACGUCCAUUUGUAUAAAAUCACCGUCAAGACGACCGCAGGGUACUUCGAGUUGCCCAACUAUAUGAACGAUCUUACGCCGGGCCCCUUGCUGGAUGAGGACUUUGCCUCGCUCUGUGGCACGGACUGCCCCGAUCAAAACGAGUGGCUGUAUGUUAAACGUGCCGAUACCACCAAUGAUGUGGUCUCUAGCGACUGGAAUGCCCUUGUGGAGACGCAAAUCAAUCCAGGCCCGCUCCUCACCACUGCAGCCGCCAUCUUUGGACCCAGCUCCUUCAUCGAGACCUGGCCCUCAACCUUUGCUGAAAUCAAUGCGAGCCUCGCCCAGAGCGUGCCGAAUUCCAACAACAUCUGUCUCGAGCUGCCGCCACUCCAAAAUUUGCUACUAGGAGAGGACAGCUAUAGCUGCCAGAGCUUUGACUCAAAGGGCACCCCUUCCGAUGGGUUAAUGGAGUGGAUCUACGACUUUCUUUAUGGUUCAGACAACAUGGCCAACGCCUUCACCGCCGCUGCCCUUUUAGCGAACCAGGCCUGGUUCCAAACCCUAGAUGGCCAGCUUUACGUCUAUAAGGAUUUCGGCACCGACGUAGAGGUCCCCAGCAUCUCACUUGCAGGCAUUGUGGUCGUCUCGGCCCUGAUGGGCCUGUACAUGAUCCCCCUGCUCCUCCUCGCGAUAUACUCGUCCCUCUCCCCGCGAUGGACCUCCCAGCUCGACUCGUUCGCUAUGCUGCGCAUGGGGGCAGCGAUCGGCGAGAAGAGCCUGCCCUUUCUGGUCGGGCGCAACAUGGACGCCAUCACCGUACUUGACGAGCUUCCCGGGGUCGUACAGAACGUGGCCUCACCGGCCUCCGAGGGGAUCGAGGUCGGCCACCUGGGUCUGGGGCCGGGUAAACGGCUGAUGUCCAAGGUUCGGUAUGAAGCGUUCGAAGGCGACGAUGAGGAUUGGAAUCAGAGUGAGAGGAAUAUCAUCUUUCUGGCGCGGAAUAAUGGGGGGCAUCAUCAACCUGCUUCUUAA